GUGAGCCUGAGGGGUGCGGUUUGCCACACCAGGAUUCGAGUCCAUUUUCGUCCCCUGGGCUGCGGGUAUGCGUUUAAUUUAAUGACACCCCUGGGAGAAAUGGUCGCAUGAGCUUUGCCAAAUCCACACUCUCCUGCCGUCCGCACUUUCUCCCGAGUCUGGGCGGCCGUCAGCUAACGGAAGUCGGAAGCGAGGCAGUCCCAAGGCCCUGCGGCUGCAGGGUGUCGGAGCAUGGCUACCUUUGCCUUUCUUCCAGUUCCCUAGGGCGCCCCUCGGCGUUUCCCGGGCAGGGCCGUCGGUAGACGGCGCUGUGGAGCGCCCAGGAGCCGGGGCGGGGCGCCAGGCCGUGGGACCAGGCUCGGCCAGGACGGGAAGAUGGCGGCCCUGGGGCCCCCGGCGCGCACUCUGAGAGGCCUUCUGCGGGAGCUGCGCUACCUGAACGCGGCCACCGGGCGACCGUAUCGCGACACAGCAGCCUACCGGUACCUGGUGAAGGCUUUCCGAGCACAUCGGGUCACCAGUGAGAAGCUGUGCAGAGCCCAGCAUGAGCUUCAUUUCCAAGCCGCCACCUAUCUCUGCCUCUUGCGAAGCAUUCGGCAACAUGUGGCCCUUCAUCAGGAAUUUCAUGGCAAGGGUGAGCGUUCAGUGGAGGAGUCUGCUGGUUUGGUGGGCCUCCAGUUGCCCCAUCAGCCUGGAGGGAAGGGCUGGGAGCCGUGAUGGAGAGUCCUCAGAUGCCCCUUCCUUCAAGAAUCCAGCCAUUUCUACCACUAUGUAUUUAUUAAAUAUUUUGUAAAGUGAA